UUAUUUCGGUUCACUUCUUUUGUCUUUCAAAGUUCCACUCUUCUUUCCGGCCUGCGGGAAAAACCCCAUUCUCUCCCAACGCCGCACAUCCUUUCAGCCGAAAUGAAGGGCUUUGCGUCACAUCGGAUUCGCCGUUGCCUUUUCUCCUUACCAUCUCUCCUCCUCCAAACCCCCACCGCCUGCGCCACCUGUAAACUCCUCUCCACCCAAUCAUGGCUCUUGAACCCUGGAAAGCCCCUGAUGAAAUGGCCAUUUGCGCCUCCACUACAGCCACCCCAACUUCGCCCCCCACCCCACUCCACCCCACCGCCCCAACCCCAAAGCCCUAACGGUUUUACCACAAUCUGUGACCUCCUGAGAGACCCUAGCCUUUCUCCCGGUCCCUCCCUCGAACAGGCAUUGGACCGGGUCGGAAUCGAGCUUGAUGAUGCGCUUUUCCUUCUUAUUUUCAACCACUUCGAUUCUUCUCACAAACCCCUUUUGGCCCUCUUUCUCUGGGCGGAGAAGCAGCCCUGGUACAAUUUCUCCGUGCCCGUCUUUAAUGCGAUGAUCAAUGCACUUGGAAAAGGCAGGGACUUCGAUACUGCUUGGUCUUUGAUUCGUGAUCGGAUUAGUUCCAUUGAUGCAAGGCCCAAUUUAGACACAUUCACAAUUAUGCUCAGACGGUAUGCUCGUGCAGGUAUGAACUCAGCAGCCAUUAGAACAUUUGAGUUCUCAUCAACUCUUGAUUUUAUUCGCUCCUUGGAUUCAGCAAACACAUUGUUUGAGAUCCUGUUAGAUUCUUUGUGCAAAGAAGGGCAUGUUAGGGUAGCUUCUGAAUAUUUUGAGAGGCAAAAGGGUCGAGACCCCAGUUGGGUUCCAUCUACAAGAAUUUAUAAUAUUCUGUUGAAUGGAUGGUUCCGGUCUAGAAAGCUGAAGAAGGCUGAAGGGCUUUGGGUGGAGAUGAGAAAGGAAAACAUUACGCCUAGUAUUGUAACUUAUGGUACCCUUGUUGAAGGAUAUUGCCGUAUGCGCAGAGUAGAGAUUGCAAUGGAGCUGAUUAGUGACAUGAGCAAGGAAGGAAUUCAGCCAAAUGCUAUUGUCUAUAAUCCAAUUAUUGAUGCAUUAGGAGAAGCGGGGAGGUUCAAGGAGGCCUUGGGAAUGAUGGAACGCUUAACAGUAUUGGAAUCUGGUCCCACUAUUUCUACUUACAAUUCACUAGUGAAGGGUUUCUGCAAGGCUGGGGAUCUCUUAGGGGCCAGUAAGAUUCUUAAGAUGAUGAUCAAUAGAGGUUUUACACCAACUCCCACAACUUACAAUUACUUCUUUAGGUACUUUUCAAAGUUUGGGAGGAUUGAAGAAGGCUUAAACCUUUAUACCAAGAUGAUUGAAUCUGGAUAUGAACCUGAUCGGCUUACUUACCAUCUAUUGGUAAAGAUGCUAUGUGAAGAAGAAAAGCUGGAUCUAGCAAUGCGAGUUAUCAGAGAAAUGAGGGCUAGGGGGUGUGAUUUGGAUUUGGCUACAAGCAGUAUGCUUAUACAUUUGCUUUGCAAAAUGGAUCGAUUAGAUGAGGCUAUUCAAGAGUUUGAAGACAUGAUUCGGAGAGGGAUUGUACCUCAAUACCUUACAUAUCAGAAAAUGAUUGAUAAUCUAAAGAAACAGGGAAUGAAUGAAAAGAUAAAGAAACUUUGUGAUAUGAUGGCCUCUUUGCCACAUUCGAAAAAGUUGCCCAACACAUACACUGAAGUUGGAGAUAGUUCACCUGUAAGAAGAAAAUCUAUAAUUCAGAAAGCUGUAGCGAUGUCUGACACCUUAAAAACUUGUGCAAACCCAAGAAAGCUUGCAAAACGUAGACAUCAACUUCAGAAUGCUAUGCCAAGUGCAAACCCGUCUAUAGACAGCAUCAAAAGUAGAGUUAACUGAGCACUGAUCUUGAAAUUAUAUCCUUCUGUGGAUACCAUUGAAAAAGGGUGGACCUAUCACCAUGUUUUCAUAGAUGCACCAGUCAUGUUUUUUAUCAUUAAAAGGUCAUGAAAUAUUGGUGGGGUUGCUCAUUAGCCAGACAGAAUAGUAUCAGAAUUUGUGGGCUGUAGCUAAUAUGAGGCAUGCGCUGAUGCAUCAAGAGUGCAAAACUUUCUAUUAUACAAGAUGAAAAGAAAAAUAUGGGAGGCAAGCUUAGAAGGUGAAGCAUGGUGAAAUGUUCAACAGUUAACCACUUGUCUCAUAUCUUGGAAACUUAUCUAGUAACCUGAAAUUGAAGAAUGAUGGGCUUAAUUAGUGCUGCAUUUAGCAAGUGUUGGCAUUAAAAGGUUAAUAAUGCUCCAUAAAGAACAAUGUAGAUAGACAUGCACUGAGUGCAGGCAAAUUGUCAUUCUUUUAAUUGCUUUGAGCUGCUACUUUCUUCUUGUUCUCCUGGCAAUUUAUCAUUCUUUUUUGUUACCUUUGGAAAGGCUUGAUGGCAAUUAAACAAGUCCUCAACGCAACAUAUUGCUACUCUCUGAAUCCUUAUCAGUAGCACUUCUGAGGGUGGGAUAGCUGGCCUGGAGACUUGAGGCUUCUCUAUACUGAAAGUCAAGGAUCAAUGGUUUGGUUUGGUUUGGUUUGUGUACUCUUCCUUCACUGUUGGUUUACUGGUUGAAUCCCCAACCCCAAGGGUCUCCCACUCCGGUUUGACAAAGUAUCUAGGAUGAUGUAAAUUACAGUAACUCAGUGACUUAGCAAACAAAGUCAAAUGUCAGUGCCGCAGUGCGCACAAGAGAUUUGUUCACUUUGAACAUAAUCUUGAUAGUGCAACUGUCGAGUUUUGAACCUUGGUCUACUUUGGGACGUAUUGGAAGGCCUCUCUAAUGUCAAGUUACCAUCACAGGCGUUAACAUGAUAUGAAAGGUCACCUCAAUGUGGAAGAAUUCUGUUGCUUCUGAGAAACCUGUUCAGAACUGUCAUUUCUAUAACGAUAAUGCCAAUAAAGAAGAGGAAUGAUAACUACACAUCCAGAUGAGAUGCAUAACCCACAAUACCCACUCAAACAUGGACUCCAUUGGUGCUCAUGCCUUGAUAGUGACAAAACAACAAUAUCUGCAAUAAUUUGGUGCACUGUUAAUUCCAAUUCUGGAGAAAUCCAAAGCCCAGAGUUCCUUAAAGGUCUUCUAUGGUGGUCACGUCCAUUUCCUCUUCGAACAAAUUAUUGUUUAUAAUUCAAUUGUAUAUUAUUUACAAGUGUGAUGAACAUUUUCUUCAACAGUAAUGAAUAUCACAAUGACAUAUUUACUUCCAAUGCAAUAAACAUUCACACACUUUAUUUGUUCUCGACUAAUGCUUAUUGUUAAUGUGAUAAGAGUGAGUUUCUUG